AAAAACACACCCGAGUAUAAGACCCACGCGUUGUGGUCCACAGCUGCUUAUUUGUUUUCUGAGUGUCUCAUCGAACGGACCAAUCUUGGUGUGCUGUUUGUACCUACAUCCCGGGAACUACUUUCACUAUCGUCUGCACUCGUGAUUCGCGAAACACGCCCAUAGAUUGUCACAACAUCACUCUCAAGGAUAUACAGUUCGAUCGGGUUCGUCGCGUGUGACUUGAGCGAAGCGAAGAUAGUGAUCUGGAGCAGUGUCAGUGGACCCCGGUUUAUAACCCCAUACGAUAAUCGUCGCCGAGGUCAGGAGAACAAGCGAUGAAGAGUUUAAUAUUGCUGAUCCCUCUCGUAGGGCUCCUAUCGCUGACCGAUGCCCAGUAUGGACCAGCACCACCCCGGAUCAACAUCCCCGGAGCCAUCCCCCUGCCAGUAGUACGUGGCGUGCCGGUUCGUGAGGAACGAGUGCUUUCCCAUCCGGGCCCAGUGCUGCGAGUGCGUCGGCCGGGUUCGAUCCGUCCUGUGAUACCAAAUUCGAUACCCAUUUCUACCCCCAAGUUUCUAGCGCCAGAACCUAAACCCGUUACCGAAGACCACGGAGAACACGAAAACUCCCAACCAUUCAUUUCGAUUAUCCACACCUCACCCACUCCCCAACAGCACUCCAUCCCCGAAGAUUUAGACGAACGUGAAAUUCAACAGAACAUCCUUUCCCGCUUCAACUCACAGGAGAACAGACCAGCCCCGAUUCCCCGGGCUCAGAUUCCGGAGCGAUUCUUCUCGACGGAUAAGGAUGUCUCAACCAAUGCGCAACGUUUCGCCGUAUCAUCGGAGCGUCCAUCGGCACCUGUUCCCGCUCCAAAGCAGUACCGCCCGGCACCACAACAGGUCAUCUCCAGGCCAGCCCCGGCACGUCACCAGCAAGCCCACGACGAAGAACGACCACACAGCAGACAACAAGCGGAGGACGAGCGCCGACGUAAGCCAGUAGCACAGAUUUUGAGAAAAUGGCGCGAGGAACACGAGGACGGUUCCAUCACCUGGGGCUUUGAGAAUGAUGACGGUUCGUUCAAGGAGGAAACCAUUGGCAUUGAUUGCGUUACCCGCGGUAGCUACGGAUACGUCGAUCCUGAUGGCGAAAAACGCGAAUACAGCUACGAAACCGGCAUCCUGUGCGAUCCGAACAAGCGGGACGAAGAGAACGAGGAAGAAUUGGAAGAAGAGAUUCGCAACGCUGGCAAAACGAAACGACCCAGCCAGCCGCAGUUCAAUAGAAACUAAGACUUCUUAGAAAAUCCUAACCGACGAAAUACUAUUCAUCUAUUAAAAAUUUCUCAUCAAAAAUUCACUAGCUGCUGCGUUCGUCAUUAGGAUUGUAUUUAUUUUACUUGUACGACUUAAGAUUUCUAAUAAAAAAG